CGCGACGUCCGCAGGCCACGAGAGGGACGGCGCGUCGCGAUCGCGAGCCCGUCGGCAGUGAAAAAUGGCCGGAGCCAGCGACUGGUUUAGCAUCGGCAGCACGGUGCUCUGUAAAACCUGCCAUGAAAAGGAGAUAGAGGGUGAGGUGUUGGCGUUCGAUCCACAGACCAAAAUGCUGAUACUAAAAUCACCAUCGUCGAGUGGGAGACCCUCGUUAAAUGAUAUACAUAUAGUAAAUUUAUCCCUCGUGUCCAACGUUCAAGUGACACGGGAAGUUAGUCCUACUACCAGUGAACCACCACAGAGCCUUAAUUUACAAAGGCUAAACACGAGAGUUCGUAAUCAGAUCGAUGAGAAGAGGAGACUGGUAAUGGCUCUGCAGGCCGGAGUAUCUCCAGAGGGACAGAAGCUCUUCAUCGCUAUCUCGAAAACUAUUCAAGAUAUUACGUGGAAUGGAGCUAAUAUUGUUGUAUUUAAUAAUGUCACUAUUAGACCACCAUACAAAGUGGACAAUGUUCAUGGAAACACAGAAUCUGGUGCAUAUAGACAUGUAAAAAAAGUGGUUGAGAAACACAUUAAAGAUACAUUACAAGCACAGCAACAACGGGAUCAACAGCAACAACAAACGCAGAAGGGCGGUGAACUGCAAUAAGAGUCCAACAAGGCACUACGUCAUCAAAGUCGCUAGCAUAUUUUUGAACAAGUUUCAGUGACAAGAAAUAAGAAGAAAAGAAUUAACAGGAUACCGAAUAAGAUAGCCCGACUGCAAAGAAAUAAUUUAGAUAAGCCUAUCGCGGAUCAUCGGCAUAUCUUCGAACAAGUUCCAGUCGUUUGUUCAAAUGAAAAAAAGACAAACAAGAGCGCAGAUUCGACACGGAAAUUUUACAUCGACUUUAAUCAGAGUAUUGUUAACAGUAUCGCAUGUGCAGCAUUUUAUAAAUACAAUCAGACGUACAAUUCGCAAAAUUAUUAGUCACCAGCCAAAAAAAACGAAAAAGCGAAUAGGCCGACUAACUGAAGUUUAGUAUCUAUCAACCGGUAUUACCAUUAUCGGCACUACAUUCGUACGCGAUGUAUACUAACGGCGCCGAAGUGUGUGCUAUAGUUUAAUUCAAGGUCGGUUUGUCGGUCAUCGACGAGCGUAUCUUAGCGUGAUUUGAUUCUCCAUUUCUAAACAAGAGCCUUCGCGUCCACGAGACACGAUGUACACGAUUCAAGUCCGUAUGAAGCGGUCCGAGCUUUCAAAAUCCGAAAGAAGGCGAGCGCGUCGCGUGAAAGUAGGAUAAAACGCACGGUUGCCGAUACCUGAAGCACAUCGUAAACAGUCCCGAUCUGUGAUCCUUCUCGGCAAUAAAUCGAUUUCCUAUCGUGGCAAUACGUUGUAUAUUGCGAUAAGGAAGGGGACCAUCCGGCGACUCUACGUUUCAUUCAACAAAAGAGAUGUAAACCGCGAUUAUAUUGUCGACGUGAAUUGAUGCACGAAGGUCUCUCCACGCGUCGCCUUCGAGAUGAAAUCUCACGCCUUUCACCCGCGAGAUGCGUUCUUUAUCGCAUUUACUGUGAAGAGCAGGAAGACUCUCAAUGUAGAAAGCGGACUAUCCGCCAACAAACGCAUCAGUAAUUCAUGCCUCUUAUCCUAGUUUCGCCGAAACAAAGCGCGCACGAUCAAUUCGACGAUUCCCAUUCCCGUUUCGAAGCUGGCUCACGCGAGCGAUUCCACGUUAUUCCCCGGCGACACUGCAAACCUAUCGUAUUGGCCGACAGAAAAAGAAACCGCGAACAUCCGCGACUCAUCAUACGGGACGCCUUCGAGAACGACGUCUUGGGGUGUCUGUCGCGUAGAGCCGAGUGUUGCCCGAGAAUGUAAUUUAGAAAGGGGCAAAGCUCUCGGUUCUCGCGAAGAACAGGAUCCUUGGGAGACGAGAUCGAGCUCAUCCCGUGUCAAUUUAAUUGCCAUUCGAAUGGAAAGAAUGAGAGUGAGAAAGCAGGCGUAGGAGAUUGUAAGAAGAAGAGUUACACGAAAAAAAAGACAUAAAUAAAUGUAAUAUAAAUUCUGUA